CGCGAGACCGCCGACUCGCGUAAUAUAUCAACAUUGUCUUAAAUUUACUCAUCGUAUACGAUGGACACAAACGCGAUGACUACGUCCGGCUUGUUAGAGUGGGAGCUCUCUCUACCAUCUGAUCAGAUAAUAUCACACGGGUGGUACCACGGUGCACUCAGCCGCACGGCAGCGGAGAGCCUGUUGCAACAGGACCGCGAGUUUCUCGUCAGGGAGUCUUCUUCGCAGCCUGACAAUUUUGUGCUGAGUUGCCGCUCUAACGGACAGCACCUGCACUUUGUCAUCCAGAGGAUAAUUGUCCAUCCUGAUACCGUUUUUGAAAGAUAUCAGUAUCAAUUCGAGGAUGAAGCUUAUGACACUGUGGCGGAUCUCAUCACGUCAUAUGUCGGAUCGGGGAAACCGAUAUCGGCAGCGUCGGGAGCUCGAAUACAGUAUCCCGCCAAUCGUAUGAUGCCUUUAACUAAUUAUGUAUCAGGUGAAGAGUCGGGCGCUAUGUUGUCACCGAAUGGUGAAAGCAACUACGGGAAUGCAUACAGUUUAUACAGUCACUUUGCAGCGAAGCCCGGCGGGUCCCUACGAGUGCCUUUUAAAAAGCAGCGGUCACAUUCGUUGACACCCAUAGAUAUGACUCAGCAUGUGACACAUGGUAAAAGUGCAAGUGCCGAUGGUGUCAUUCAAAGUCAAACAAAUAAGCAUGCGAAAAUUUUCUCGAGUGAAUCAAACUCAAACACUUGGGACGUCAAUCUACCGACGAGUCCACCUGCGAAGCCUGCCAGAUACGAGGGUCCCAAAGCUGAUGACAGACGAUUGGAGCUUCACAGACUCUAUCAUGUUUCGGGGUCGGAUUCAGGGAACGGCUCCGGUGAUUCUACGCAAAGUUCAGCGCACAGUGAUCCGAACAAUAAAUCGAGAAACGAUCCUGACUACAACCUCGUGAACACGCCAACUAACAAGCUCCAGUUCGAUUUCGAACUGACAGAAGCAAAGCUGUUACAAUUAGAACAUUUAGAUUAUAUCGUAGAGUCACGAAUAAACCUCGAGAAUUUCCAAUCUCAGAUUAUUCCACCUUUAUUGAGCAAGCCGUUGGAGUCUGAAACAUUACAUACCAUAAAGUUAUUAUUACGAACAUCGGGUCCACGAAUAUUAGCAAAUCAUAUGACCAAAGUUGACCUGCAUUUUCUCUUGGAGGAAUCUGUACAGAUUGAAAAACUUGAUAAAACUGCGUCGGGCUUAGAACUAUGCUUCUUACCUCAAGGUCGUGCUCUGCGCUUGGACGUCAUCGAAAGAGUCGAAGCAUUUCGCCUGUUAGUAGCUGUAACUAUUUUAACUUGCCAAACAGACAGACAGAGAGCAGAUACGAUUAACGAUUGGAUACUUUUAGCUAUUGAAACAAAAACGGCUCUAGGUAACCUUUACGGAUUCUCAGCUAUAAUGUUCGGCUUGUGUAUGCCUCAGGUGGAGUGUUUGGAGAAUGCUUGGAACAUUUUGAGGCGAGCUUACACAGACAAUGCUUUUAUGUUUGAAGCGAAGUUGAGGCCGUGUUUCAAGAGUAUGAACGAGGGCACAAACCCUCUUCCACCCAACACGACCACGCCAUACGUCAUACCGCCUGUCCUGUGCUUCCAUUUAUUCGACGGCGAGGGCGGCGGUCUGAUGCAGCCGGACGAGUCGUUCGCGACCAGCCUCAUGAACAGUCUGGAGUUUGACUUCAACGCCACGGCCGCACACCUGGAGGCGGCAAGACUCUUCCCGCAACAGGUCGACAUGUUCAAGCGGAACGCGAGGACCGUCGUGCAGGAGAUGUCUUCGCUCGGGCCAAUGCUGGACCCGAUACUUUUAGAGUUAUUCAAGACAGAAUUCCACAUCAAUUUUCUGUGGGGUGAACGAGGCGCUCUCACCGCCCCCAACCAACGAUUUGCCCGAUUGACGGACAUACUUACUGCGAUGGCCUCUAAGUUAGCGAAUCAACCGCCGGACAGCGACGACGCAUUGUAAUCUCGUCAUGUAUGAACCUAUAUAUAACAUUGCCUCGACAAUAGUUAGUGCCUACAACAAAUCUAUAGCAUUGGACACUCGGGUGUUGCAAGACAAGAGACACUAAUGCCCCUCGAAUAUAGAUAAUAUUGAUUUUAAGAUUACAAUUGUAAACCGGAUGUACUUGUGUCAAAAUAUCCCUGAAUAUAAAAAUAUAUUAGUAAUAUUAAAUCAACUUAUAU